CAGUCCCCCUUCCCCUCAACAGAGCUUCUCAAGGCCCCCUCCGAGGUACGAUUCGGUGUUUUAAAAAUGUCAAAAUUUAUCAGAAUUCUCGUCUAAAACCAAGCCCGUAAGAAAAUGAAAAUCACCGAACGAAACGCCAAGACCACGAUCACUUCAUCGCACGCUUGUUCUGUCCCUUCGCCCCUGCGUGGUUCGGACGCUGCCCGAAAUGUCAUACACGGCCGAUGCGUUUGCAUUGCUCCCACCUGACGUUUUGUACGUCGUGUUCUCGUACUGCGACGUGCAGACGUUGGGACGGCUUAGCUGCGUCUGCAGGCGUUUCAAUGUCUUCCUAAAGCAGAGCUACAUCUGGAAUCAGCGGAGCAAGAAUGUGGUCGCCACCAACCAGCAUGACAGGAGGAUCGUGCAGCGCUCCCGGCAUGUGCUCGAAGCAGUGGACAAGUGCUGGCAGUCCGUCCGCUGGCAGACGGGCCGCUACGACGAAAAGGUGCUUCUGCAGCACUACACCAUCAUUUCGGGCACGUGGACGAGAAGUGGAUCGGCUCAGCCAUCACGUUGAGGUGGAGUACAUGCCGUGGCUGCAGCUGGAGAGGGACGCCCUCUGGUACAGCAGGGGCUCAGCCAUCCUCAGGCUGGUGCGGCUGGCAGACGGCAGCGUGGCCGAGCAGCCGAGCCUGACGCUGCGCGGCCACUCGGACGACGUCGGCCGCUUUGUCUGCAAGGGAGGACUGGUUGUGAGUGGCGGAAAUGACGGCUCCUUGUGCAUCUGGACUGCUGCACAGGGGGCACUUCUGCACUGCCGCUGGCGCUGCAGCAGCAAGGCCAUCAGCUGCGUCGACUACACCCAGAACGUGGUGGUCACAGGAUCCCGGGACAGGACGGUCAAGGUGUGGACCUUGAAAAGCCACGUGUCCAGCCUUGGGUACAGCAUCCCCAUGUGGGACCGCGUGUGCUCCGUGGCCCUGUCGGAAUGCCUCCUCAUCACGGGCUCGGCUGGCUGCAACGGCAUUGCCCCUCUCCAGGCCUACGACCUGAGCACGGGAACCCGCGUGGCGGUUCUGGGCACGGACCACCGCAAUGGCGCAGGAGUGCUCCACGUCUGCACCGAGACCCCCAGCGAGCUCCUGUCCUGCGGCUACGACACCUUCGUCCGGCUUUGGGACCUGCGCUGCCCUCGCAAGUGCGUGUGUGCCUGGGAAGAUCCACAUGACUCGGCCGUCUACUGCGUGGCAUCGGAUCACAAUGUUACAGUGCUGAGCGGAACCAACCGCUACGGCGUUGUGCGCCUUUGGGACCGGCGUAGAACACGACCAGUGAAGAUGUACUACGUCGGGCGUGGAAACAGCCCCGUCUACUCCCUGGCAUUCGAUCCCUGCUACAUGUAUGUGGCCUUGGAUCGAUCUCUCAAUCUUCUGUCUUUCACCGGCCCCUCGUGGAACCCCCGAGCCAGUCGUGAAAUCUAGUCGAGAAACAAAAAUGUUGGGGCAGAGUACCUCUUUUUCAAAUAGGCCAACCAGGCUUGUGCCAUUUUGUCACGGGAUGAACCUCUACUAUCGUACAAAGUUAAACGAGGGUCCCGUUAUACCCCGAGGCAGUUAAACCAGAAGCAUUGGGCGUCACUUGGGCUUUCAGCAUUGUUCCAUCAAUAAAAGUUCUGCAACAGUA